AGUCUUUUCAGUCUGAGCCGGCGUAUUGAGAAGUGAAUUUGUUGUGGCGGUUUGAUUUGUAUACGCAUUCUUGUGAAUAACUUACAUUGGGAAGAAUAAAUAAGUCUGUUAAACCAAGAUGGUUAAAUCGAUGGCAAAUAAAAAUCUAACAUCCAAGAAGUUUUUAAAUGGUCCAAAGGAUAAGCUUAUACAUAAAAAGAAAAGUGAAAAGUUUAAACGGACGCUUACUGAUAAAGUUGCAUCAAUUAACGGAUUGGAAGUUCAAAAUAGUAAUAACAUCAAACAAAAUUUGCAAAAACAGAAAAGUAAUUCAUCUCAAAAUUCUUCAGAGAACAAAGGACUGAGAAAGAAAGAUGACAAAAAAAGUGAUAAAAAAGAACAGGAGUCUUAUAAAAGACAAAUGAGUAAAAAGAAUUUGGGAAAAACUGAAGAAGAUGAACUUUUCAAUUCAGAAGAUGAUGAUAUCAAUGAAGGAAUUGUAUUACAGGAACAGAGCAUGAUGGAAGAUAGUGACAAUAAUGAAAGUGGAUCAUCAUCUGAUAAUGAUAAUGAAAGUGAAGAGGAGAAAAAUUUACCAAAUAUUCUUGGAGCCAGUCUAGCUGAUGAAAGUGAUGAAGAUGAUGAAGAUUAUGAAGAAGAAGAAGAAAAAGAAGAGGAAGGAGAAGAGAAAGUAAAGGGAAAAGGAGUACAAGUAAAUAAAGGGAUUAAAAUGUUUGAUGGGUUAAAAACAAAUGAUAAAAGCAUUGAUGCCAAUAAAGACAGUUCAGAUAAAUCAGUCACUGAAAUUAUUGGAACUGAUGAUAGUGAUGAUGAGAUUGAAGAAGUAGAAGAGGAGGAAGAAGAAGAUGAUAAUUCUGAUGAUGAGGAAGAAGAUCAAGAUAAAGAGGAGGAAAGUGAGGAUGAGAAAGAGGUUGAGAAUGAGUCUUCUUUAGGUUUGAAAGCACUCUUGGGGAAUAAAGAAGAAGAUGAUGAUGAUGAUAAUGAUGACGAUGACGAUGACGAAGAUGAAGAUGAAGAUGAAGAUGAAGAUGAAGAUGACGAAUCAGAAAAUGAGGAAGAGGUUGCUGAAUCUUCUUUGGGUUUAAAAGACCUCUUAGGUAAUAGUAUUGCAGAAGAUGAUGAUGACGAUGAAGAUUUUGUUGAACCACAUGAAAAUGACGAAGAUGAUGACAUAAGUGAUGAAGAUGAAGAGGAAGAAGAAUCAGAAGAAGAAAAUAAUGCACUUGAAAACUUUCAAACAAAGAAAAGCAAUAAACAAAAUAAGGAUGACUCUUUGGAAGAAAUAAAAAAAGAUAAAAGAACAAUUUUUGUUGGUAAUCUUAAAAAGGAUGUAACAAAAAAACAGUUACAGAAAUUAUUUAAGCAGUUUGGAAAAAUUGAUGCUAUACGUUUAAGAGGUAAAAUAGCAAAAUCCAUGCAUACAUCUAAAAGAAUUGCAGCAAUUAAAAAUGAUUUACAUCCUAAAUUGAAAUCAGUUUAUGCAUAUAUUAGAUUUGUUUCUGAAGAAUCUGCUAAGAAAGCUUUGUCUUUAAAUGGAACACUAUUUGAAGGAAAUUAUAUAAGAGUAGAUGCAUCUGACGAAACAGAAAAAAGAUUUGACCCAAAAAGAAGUGUAUUUCUUGGAAACUUACAUUUCAAUAUUGAUGACAACACAAUUAGGAAACAUUUCGAGCAAUGUGGUGAAAUAGCAUCUGUUCGUGUGAUUAGAGACAAUCAAACUGGAGUAGGCAAAGGAUUUGGAUACAUUAAUUUUAAAAAUGAGGACAGUGUUGCUUUAGCAUUAGAACUUGAUGGUAUGGCAAUCUUAAAUAGAGAAGUAAGAGUAAAACCAAGUUCUGAUCAAGAUAAAACCAAAAAGAGGAAAUAUGGAAAGAGGUCACUCUCCGUAGAAAAUACUUCUAAUGUUUCACGCAAGAAAGCAAAACAUAAUACAGAAGUGGCAGUAUCGUCUCAUAACAAAAAAAGUGCUGUAAGAAGAAUAAGUGGAAAGGAUCAGAAAUCUGAAACAAAACAAGCUAGUCCACAGCAAGAAAACAAGUUUCAAGGUCAAAAAGCCGAUGCAAACAAAAAGAAGAGGAAAAAUAAAUUGGACAAGAAGAAGAAACUUCUGUCUGAAAAAUUAACAGCUAAACCUAAGAAACCAACAAAUUAAAU